GGGAGGAAGAGAGAGAGAGGAGAGGAGGGAGCUGCACAGCAAGAGGGAAAAUUCACUAAUCCCCCAGCUCUCUCGAAAUCCGCCAUUCCCCCUCCGCCGCAGACACGCGCGGGAGCUCGCGGCAAAUCCAGCCUCGCCCCGUCCCCGGCCGCGGGGCGGUCUAUCCCCGAUCUGGCACCGGCGGCCGCGAUCUCGCCGUGCGCCUCGGCGGCUGCGGCGAAUUGGGGGUGUGGGUGGGGGUGGGGUUUAGAUUCGAGUCGCGGGGGGGGGGGGGGGGGGGGGGGAGGGCGGCGUGUUGAUCUGGUAGCUUCGGGGGGAUUGAGUUGAUAGAUGGCGGGGAAGGAGCAGGGCAGCGGAGGAGGAGGGCAGCCGCCGCGGGCGCCGGUGCCCGCGGCGUCCUCGCAGCCGCCGAUUAAGAAGCUGGUGAGGCAGCUGGACUUCACCUCGGCAGCGUUGGCGGGUAACCCCGCGAUGGCGGCGGCCGCGGCCGCCGUGUCCAGGGCGCUGCAGCCGAGGGCGGUGCCCGUGGGGUUCCCGCAGCCGCAGCAGCUUAGGGCGGCGGUGCCGAUAGGGGUGCCGCAGCAGCUGCACCCCCGGGGCCUGCCGUUGAUGCGGUCGCAUCACGUGGUGCAUGUGCCGCUGCCGCGGCCGGCCGUGGCGGUGGCGGUGCCCGUGCCACAGGUUCGGCCGGCGCAGCCGCAGACAGUGCCGCGGCCACCGGUCGCCGUUCCUUUGAAGCCAGAGUCACCGAAGCCACCACGGGCACGGCUUUAUGAAGGAAAAGAUGGCACCCCGACAAAGAAGAAGUGCUGCAACUGCAAGCACUCCAAAUGUUUGAAGUUGUAUUGUGAAUGCUUUGCAUCGGGCGUUUACUGUGAUGGAUGCAACUGCUCCAACUGUUUUAAUAAUGUUAAGAAUGAGAUUGCUAGGCGUGAAGCUAUUGAUGCUACGUUGGAGCGCAACCCCGAUGCAUUCAGGCCUAAGAUUGGGAGUAGCCCACAUGCUAACCGGAAUAAUAUGGAGGCGGUUGGUGAUCUUCCUUUAGUUGGGAAGCAUAAUAAAGGGUGCCACUGCAAGAAGUCGGGUUGCCUCAAGAAGUAUUGUGAGUGCUUCCAAGCUAACAUACUAUGCUCUGAAAAUUGCAAGUGUAUGGAUUGCAAGAAUUUCGAAGGGAGCGAAGAAAGAAAAGCUCUUUACCAAGGGGAUCAUAAAAAUUCCAUUCACAUGCAGCAAGCAGCAAAUGCAGCAGUAAAUGGUGCUAUUGGAGCAGCAGCCUUUUCUUCUCCUUCCACAUCCAGGAAGAGAAAGCACAUAGAUCCUUCACUUGACCAUUUGGCCAAGGAAAAUGGAGCUCACAAAACUAGUCACCUACCUCAGAAGAAUGGAGUGGCAUCUGAUGGCCCACUUCCAAUGAGCCAGCCUAUGCAUCCUCCAACAAUGGGGCCCUUUAAGGUCACCUACAGGCCUCUUUUAGCGGAUAUUGUCCAACAAGAGGACGUAAAGGACCUUUGCAAGCUUUUGGUGGUUGUAUCAGGAAAGACCGCAAAGGCAUACGCUGGUAAGAAAGCCCAGGAAGAUAAGGUGGUAGAGAGGGAAGAUGAGAGAGGAGGGCAGAGGGAAGAUGAGGUGGGAAGUUCCCUAGCAUCGACAAACCAUGACAGAGAAGAAAACAGUAAAGAUCCAGAUUAUCAAAAGGCAACAACUGAUAACCCGUCAACUGGAGGAACUCAUGCAGGCAAAGCUUCUCUAGAAGAAUCUAAACACGAUAAUAUUGAUGAUCAGAAAUCCAAUAGGCCAAUGUCUCCAGGAACACUAGCAUUGAUGUGUGAUGAACAAGAUACAAUGUUUACGACUUCACAAAAUGUAGUUACACAACCGGCAGUACCUGUCAACCAGAACCAAUCUGAACUGUACGCAGAACAAGAAAGGUGUGUGCUUACGGAAUUCCGUGAUUGCCUCCGUAAGCUUGUGACAUACGGAAGAAUGAAAGAGGAAAAGUAUUCCAUGGCAAUCAAAUCUGAAGUGCCUGGCCACCCCAUGCAGGCAAAUGGUGUUUCGCGAAUACCUUAUUCAAAAGAUGUAGACGUACCUGUUGUAAAAACAUUUCUACAGGGUUCCAGCAGACAUCCUGUUGCUGGAAACACCGCAACUGGGCAUUUAGACAAAAAACCUAAGCAUGAAAACACAUAGGUCUCCCGGGUUUGUAUUUGGGGGUAUAGCAUGGUCAAGAGAAUCAUGUUUGCCCCCUCUAACAUGUUGAUCAGAAGCUUGUAUCAGUCUUCAUUGUUGAUUUAGGCUCAUGAAAGGUCCAAUUAUUUCUCAUUGGUCAAAAUAAGUGUAAUGUUGGAUAGUUAGCUACUUAGCUUAGUCACAAAUACGAAUUUAACCUUUAUCUUAGUGUCUUCAUUUUUCGUUCCUUU